CAAGAAGCCCGGGAAGAUGGGGCGACAAAAAUGGAGAUUGUAACAGUGGAGAUGUUGAUAGCUUGCAAGAUGGGUACUCCGAUUAUUACCAGUGCGUGCUUGAGUGCUUCAAAGACGUGUACCAUGUUCGUUACAUCCGAGGAGACUUAUGCACCUCAUCAUGUGAGAUGCAGGUCUACAGAAGCAGAGAUGUGCCUUUUCAAAAAGCUAUUGAUAAUAUGGAAUGUAUAACGAAAAGAUGUCGUUCAACUGUUCCCGAUUGCGCAUGCAGAAAAAAUAGUGGUGACGCCAAUAAGCAACCAAAUAAUGACAACUCUGGAAAAGAUGAUGGCUCUAGCUCUAGCAGCAGUGCCGCACGUCCCAACAGCAGUAGUUCUGACGACAGACGUAAGAAAAGACCACCGUCUUCAAAUUCGGAUGAUGGCAGUGACAGCGGCUCUAAGUCGUCAGCGCAAUCUAAUAGUGGAAACACACCACGGGAUGGGAAAAACAAAAAUCAGCCAAAUAAUGACGAUUCCGGGAAUAAUGAUGGAUCUGGGAGCUCUAGCGAUGCGACAAGUUCCAGCAAUAGAUGGGGCCGUGGAGGCAGAAGACCAUCAUCAAAUCCUUCCGAAGGAGCAAAUAAAAAUCAGCCAGAUAAUGGUGACUCAGGAAACAAUAAUGGAUCUGGAAGCAAUAGUAGGGCUGAUGGAGGCAGGAAAAGACCAUGGUUCGCAGAUUUUCUUUUAGGAAUAAAUAAAAAGCAGCCAGAUAAUGGGAACUCCGGAAACAAUAACGGAUCUAGUGGUCCUAGAGGACUUAAGUUACCUAUCGAUUCUACAACGGAUACCUGCGAGCCUGAUACUACUACAGAACCUGUUACUUCAACUACUACUGAUACAACUACUACGGAUACAACUACAACGGACACAACAACUACGGACACAACAACUACGGACACAACAACUACGGACACAACAACUACGGACACAACAACUACAGACACAACUACUACGGACACAACUACUACAGACUCAACUACUACGGACAAUGGUAAUAACGGAAAUAAUAGCCCUCUUGGUGAUAGAGGAAACAAUAACCCUCCUGGUAAUAACGGAAAUAAUAACCGUCUUGGUAAUAACGGAAAUAAUCCCCCUGGCAAUAGGGGAAAUAAUCCUCCUGGUAAUAGGGGUAAUAACUCUCCAGGUAAUAACGGAAAUAAUAAUCCUCUUGGAGAUAGAGGAAAUAACCCUCCUGGCAAUAGGGGAAAUAACCCUCCUGGCAAUUGGGGAAAUAGCCCUCCUGGCAAUAGGGGUAAUAACUCCCCAAGUAAUAACGGAAAUAAUAAUCCUCUUGGAGAUAGAGGAAAUAACCCUCCUGGCAAUAGGGGAAAUAACCCUCCUGGCAAUAGGGGAAAUAACCCUCCUGGCAAUAGAGGAAAUAACCCUCCUGGCAGUAGGGGAAAUAACCCUCCUGGCAAUAGGGGAAAUAACCCUCCUGGCAAUAGGGGAAAUAACCCUCCUGGCAAUAGGGGAAAUAACCCUCCUGGCAAUAUGGGAAAUAACCCUCCUGGCAAUAUGGAAAAUAACCCUCCUGGCAAUAGGGGAAAUAACCCUCCUGGCAAUAGGGGAAAUAACCCUCCUGGUAAUUGGGGAAAUAACCCUCCUGGUAAUUGGGGAAAUAACCCUCCUGGUAAUUGGGGAAAUAACCCUCCUGGUAAUUGGGGAAAUAACCCUCCUGGUAGUAGUGGAAAUAACCCUCCUGGUAAUAGGGGAAAUAAUCCUUCUGGUAAUAGGGGAAAUAACCCUCCUGGUAGUAGGGGAAAUAACCCUCCUGGUAAUAGAGGAAAUUCUUACUCAAGAAGUUCUGCAAACAGUAACGCAUUUGAUGAUGAUUAUUACUAUGGUUACUACUACGACGAUGAUGAUGGUUACGACUACAACCCUUAUGAUGGUUACGACUACGAUGAUGGCAGUAAUCCAAAUGACGGCUCAUAUUCUAAUGCUAGGUCUCAAAGCAGAAGUGACUCCGGUAACCCAAACAAUAAUAAACCUAAUACAAGACAAAGUAAUCGGAGUAGUUCGAACUCGGCAAGCUCCAGUUUCGCAAAUAGUAAUAACAGUGGAAAUUCAAAUAAUCCUCAAAAGAAAGAUAAAAAUUCUCCAGUUAAUUCCUCGAAAUCACCUGCUUCUUCUGGAUCUAGCACUGGUGACAAUUCUGGAGCACCAGGUAGAGACAAACCAACUAGUUCCUCCAGCUCAUCUGCGUCUUCUCAAUCAAAUUCUCACAGUCCUCCGUCAAAUAAUGCUCCAAGAAAAACUGGAAAUCAAUCAGGUAGUUCAGCAAGUUCUUCCGCUUCUAGUCAAUCACAAAACUCCCCCAGACCUAGUUCUUGGAACAACAACUCGCGAAAACCAGGUAGAGACAAUACAGGCAAUAACUCAGACGCGUCAGCGUCUUCUCAAUCGAAUUCUCCUAGCUCUUCGAAUAAUAAUGUUCCAAGAGGAAACAGAAAUCAAUCUGGCAGUGCUGCAAGUUCAUCAUCUUUUGCUCAAUCGCAGAACUCUCCUGGAAAUACACAGCAGCCAAAUAAUGCAAACUCGAGACCAAAUAACUCUAAUCAAGCGUCAAGUGCUGCUUCUAGUUCAAAUGCCUCUUCUGGAAACCCGCCCGAUUGGAAUAAAAAUGGUCGACCAAAUAACUCUAAUCAAGCUUCAAGUGCGUCUUCUAGCUCAGCUUCUUCUGGAAACCAACCCAAUAGAAAUGGAAAUAGCAGACCAAGUAACUCUAAUCAAGCCUCAAGUGCUGCUUCGAGCCCAAGUGCCUCAUUUGGAAACCAACCCAAUAGAAAUGGAAAUGGCAGACCAAAUAACUUCAAUCAAGCCUCAAGUGCUGCUUCUAGCUCAAGUACCUCAUUUGGAAACCAACCCAAUAGAAAUGGAAAUAGCAGACCGAAUAACUCAAAUCAAUCUUCAAGUGCUGCUUCUAGAUCAAGCGCUUCUUCUGGAAACCAACCCAAUAGAAAUGGAAAUAGUAGACCAAAUAACUCCAAUCAAUCUUCAAGUGCUGCUUCUAGCUCAAGUGCCUCUUCUGGAAACCAACCCAAUAGAAAUGGAAAUACUAGACCAAAUAACUUCAAUCAAUCUUCAAGUGCUGCUUCUAGUUCAAGUUCCUCUUUUGGAAACCAACCCAAUAGAAAUGGAAAUGGCAGACCAAAUAACUCUAAUCAAUCUUCAAGUGCUGCUUCUAGCUCAAGUGCCUCUUCUGGAAACCAACCAAAUAGAAAUGGCAACCAAGCAUACUCUAGAGCAAACAGUAGUUCAAACCAGAAUAAUUACUCACCAAGGAGAGACAAUGGACCCGCUUGGAACAACAACCGGUGGUAUGGAAAUGCAUAUCCACAAAAUGGAGGAGGAAACACUGAUUCAAGUUCUUCUGCAUCGUCGUCCGCUAAUAACUCAGGACAGAACGGUUACGGUCAAAACCUCAAUUCUGACUCAAACGCAUAUUCUAGAUCUACCUCUAAUUUUGGUUCAAGAGAAAAUUCCGGCUCUUAUAUACCAAAUUCAGGUCCCAGUUCUUAUGUUGGUGCUGGUUAUAACAGGGAUGCAGAUGCACAAGCUAGCUCUAAUGCGAACUCAAAUCAAGGAUAUUAUAAUGAUGGCGACUCAAAGGUACAGCGACGUCCAUUUGGUGAUGGAACCCUUGAAAUUAAGGCGGAUGGAGGUGUAAUAAUCUUGGAUGUCUUCGAUAAAGAAGAUAAAGAAAUUGCCAAAGAGGUUAUUAAACUAGGAAUGUAGUAAAAAAAAAAAAUAGUUCACCGCAAUAAAAGCUGGUGAAAACGCUUCAAGUGUUUUUGUAAUUUUAUCUCAUAAACGAAAAAUGGAAUGCUCUUAAGUACAUGAUUGAUUUACAUGUACUUUUUAAUAAAAUUGGAGACAUAAUAAAUGGAUUACUAAUCUUCAUCGUACAAAAA